CUUGGGAAUAUGGAAUCUUCUCGUGUCGAUCAGCAAGAUAAGUAUCGUUCUUACAUGUAUGGAGAUGGAGAGAAGAACACAAAAUGGAGAUCCGGUGCCCCUCCUAACUACGAUGUUGUUAACAAGCUCUUUGAAGAAGGCAGAACCAAGAUAUGGCCAGCUGGGUCAUGGGAAGAAAGGGUUCAGAACCUAUUGAAGACAUACGAAAUGGAGAUUGCCCACAAAGCAAACCCUGAAGACUUCAAAUCAAUUGAUCCAAAAAAGUUUACUUUCGUCCAGAAUGGGAAAGAACCACUAACAACUAAGGAUAUUGCGAACAUGGGUGGAAUUUAUAAUGUGGAUCUGCAAAGCUCCUUACCUGAGGAGUUUCAGAUCUACAAAGCAGCAGAGGAAACAGCGGAAUCGUCUGAAAAGAUCUUCACUACUACUUUCCCUCGAGGUUUUGCAAUUGAGGUCCUCGAAGUCUACUCCGGUCCGCCGGUGAUAGCCUACAAGUUCAGGCACUGGUCGUACAUGGAAGGUCCUUUCAAAGGGUAUGCCCCUACUGGAGAAUUGGUUCAAUUCUUUGGCAUCGCAAUAUUCACGGUGGAUGAGCAGAUGAGAGUUGUAAAGGUGGAAUUCUAUUACGAUCCUGCAGAACUUAUUGGAGGGCUGACCAAGGGUGCCAAAAUUGAAAACUACGGUGGAAAUGAUGCGGUCAUAAGUAGGUGCCCUAUCCUCACGAACACAGUGCUAUAAAUCCUCUGUAGAAGGUUGCGUGCAUGCAGCGUAAAUAAUCAUGUAGUACUGUCCGCUGUUCAAAAUAAAAAUAAUAGUGUAGUUUUUGCCCCAAAAAAAAAUGCUGCAGCAUGGAGGGCAUAGUAUGUACAAGACUAUUCAUGAUCAAUAAUUACACCUCCACAGUAAAUAUUUGA